GAGGAAAGCACCAGUUUACAUGCAAACCAGUGAGGAGGAAGGCAGGACAAAGUACGGGUAUUUAAAAGACAACGCGAGGCUCCAACCCGCCCGGAACUGCCCCGGCGGUAGGUGUCGCGGGAGCAGACUAGCAACGUCGGUGCUGGAGCGCUUCGGCCUCGGGAGAGCAGGUUUUAUAAACGAAGCUAACUGUUCUACUUCUAGAUUUUUUGUUUGUUUGUUCUAUAAAUCAAAACAUCUCAAAAUGGAGGCCUAAAACCCUUAAAAGGGACUUAGCCUAUUCUCUGGGAGGUAGUUUUGUGCAUGAAUAAAAAAAUUAAGUAGUUUCUUUAGUUUUUGAUAUCCAAACAAUGUUAAUUUUUAAAAUAUGAUUUAAUUGUAUGAGAUAUAACUACAAAGUAAUGAGUUUGAUUUUGAAUUUGAUUUGGGGAAUUAAAGGAGAAGUGAUUGUAGCUGGAGCAUAUUGUUGAAACACUCUUCAGAAUUGGCUAGGCAUCCUUCCAUUGGCUGCUGUGUAGAAUAGGAAGAAGCACCUGUUUUGGUAAAAAUUUAAAAAUGAAUGACAGUUAUCUAGGGCAAAGAAUUAAUAUUCUACUUUCUGCUAAAUUAGACAAAUAUGCAAAUGAGAACUUUGACAUGUUAAAAGACUUCUACAAUGACAAAGAAAUGUCAAGAACAAAACUUUUUGACAUGUACAACAAAUUUAGGGAAAGUAGGAAAGACAAACUUGAUGAUUGGUGAAGAAACUAUCCAGUGACUUCCAAGUCUAUUGAUGAUAUUUUCAGAGUCUAAAAUUUAGCUUGUUCAAAUGGUCUGUUAUCUCAGAGAAUGAUGAGAAUGAUGGCUGGGUGGUUCAAUUUUAGUAAAUGAGCAAACUUAUUCAGAAAGAAAAUUUACACAAAGCCAGUGAUGAAUACAAUAUUAUUUAAAAUAAAAUUUUUAAUUUGCCAAGACCUAAUGGUAUCACAAUGGCUAAGCAACUAUGUUCUUAAUUAUCUGUGAGGAAGUAAUUAUUAUGUCAUCAGUCUUAAAACCAUGUUUUCAGAUGUGUCAGCCAACACUUUUACUAAAUCCUUUUAUCUGUGGGAAAUCUUAGAUUGUUUUGUUCUCCCUAAUAAAAAUGAUUGUGGGAAUAUAAAUUACUUAAUUUGAGAAAGAUUUGGGAUAUGCCAUAUUUCAUUGAAUCUAAGAUGUCAUCAUUUGUAAGACACCUCAUUAUUUUAUGUAUCUCUAAGAAGUAAAAAAUGCUGCUAAAUAAAAUAUGAUAUGCCAGUAAUUGUAAGAUGUCUCUCGCUAACAGGGAUAUUCAAACAUGUGUCUUAGAAACGGUAAAAUAUGGUAAUAUACUCUUUUCCUCUUUUGAGGUAGAUAUGCUUUUUUUCUGGCCACUGAGUUUGAUAAUUUACAAAAAGCAAAAUAACCAUAAUUAGAUAUUUUGCUGUAGAACACUUAGAUGGAGCAUAGCUUUCCACCAUGAAAAGACGCUAGCUGUGUGAGUCAAACAUUUUAUCUUCAGGCUGGUGGAAUGCCACUGAAGCAUUCUAGUGGCCUAGAGAAGAUGACCUCACUGUGGAGAUGCCUGACUCUAAAUGAUGUUCUGAUGACCUAAAACACGCUACAUUUCUACAAAAACUUUUAAUUUUCAUCUUAAAUUACUAUGUGGCAUCAUGUUUACAUACAUUUGCAUAUGCAUAAAGAUUAUGCAAAGUUGCAGUUGUACUGGAAAAAAAAUAACUGUCCUUAACUGUCCCUUACAGGUUUAUCUGUAUAGGAUGUAGAAUCUCACCAUGCUGAAACCCUAAAUUCAUAAAAGGAAAAGAAUGAAAGAUUUCCUAUUCUAGGUGUUCAUCCUAGUACUGAAAUAACAAAAUCAAAAGCCAUGCACAAAACUACCUCCCCAGAGAAAGGCUAGUCCCUUUUCCUCCCCAUCCAUUUCACUAUGAACAUAGAAAAUAGCAUAUUCUUAUCAAAUUUGAUGAAAAGCACCAACAUGUCUGAAUUGAAAUAUGACUUUUCAUGUGAACUGUACCGAAUAUCUACGUAUUCAACUUUCCCCACUGGAGUUCCCAUCUCAGAAAGGAGUCUUGCUCGUGCUGGGUUUUAUUACACCGGUGUGAACGACAAGGUCAAAUGCUUCUGUUGUGGUCUGAUGCUGGAUAACUGGAAACAAGGAGACAAUGCCAUUGAAAAGCAUAAAAAACUGUAUCCUAGCUGUAGCUUUAUGCAGAGUCUAAGUUCAGUGAACGGUCUGGGAGCUACCUCUCAGCCUGCUUUUUCUUCUUCAGUAAUCAACUCGACACAUUCAUUCCUACCAAGUUUGGAAAACACUGGAUAUUUCAGUGGCUCUUACUCAAGCUUUUCAUCAAAUCCUGUAAACUCCAGUGCAAAUCAAGCUUUUUCUGCCUUGAGGACAAGCCCCUACAGCUGUGCAAUGAAUACUGAAAAAGCCAGACUACUUACUUUCCAGAUGUGGCCGUUGACUUUUCUGUCACCAACAGAUCUGGCAAAAGCAGGCUUUUACUAUAUAGGACCUGGAGACAGAGUGGCUUGCUUUGCCUGUGGUGGAAAAUUGAGCAAUUGGGAACUGAAGGAUGACGCUAUGUCAGAACACCUGAGACAUUUUCCCACCUGUCCGUUUUUAGAAAAUCAGCUUCAAGAAUCUUCGAGAUACACUGUUUCUAAUCUGAGCAUGCAGACACAGGCAGCUCGGUUUAAAACAUUCUGUAACUGGCCAUCUAGUGUGCCAGUUCAUCCUGAGCAGCUUGCAAGUGCUGGUUUUUAUUAUUUGGGUCAUAGCGAUGAUGUCAAAUGCUUUUGCUGUGACGGUGGACUGAGAUGUUGGGAAUCUGGAGAUGAUCCAUGGGUGGAACAUGCCAAGUGGUUUCCAAGGUGUGAGUACUUGAUACGAAUUAAAGGACAAGAGUUCAUAAGUCAAGUUCAAGCCAGUUACCCUCAUCUACUUGAACAGCUGUUAUCCACUUCAGACACUCCAGAAGAUGAAAAUGCAGAGUCACCAAUUAUUCGCUUUGGGCCUGUAGAAAACCAUCCAGAAGAUGCAGUCAUGAUGAAUACACGUGUGGUUAAAGCUGCUCUGGAAAUGGGCUUCAGUAGAAGGCUGGUAAAACAGACAGUUCAGAGUAAAAUCCUAAUGACUGGAGAGAAUUAUAAGACUGUCAGUGAUCUUGUAUUAGAUUUGCUUAAUGCAGAAGAUGAAAUGAGAGAAGAGGAGAAAGAAAGAGCAACCGAGGAAAAAGAAUCAGAUGAUCUAUCAUUAAUUCGGAAGAAUAGAAUGGCACUUUUUCAACAUUUGACUUGUGUGCUUCCAAUCCUGGAUAGUCUACUGACUGCCAGAGUAAUUAAUGAACAAGAACAUGAUGUUAUUAAACAGAAAAGACAGACACCUUUACAAGCAAGAGAACUGAUUGAUACCAUUUUAGUAAAAGGAAAUAGUGCAGCCACCAUAUUCAGACACUUUCUACACGAAAAUGACCCUGUGUUAUACAAGAAUUUAUUUGUGCAUCAGGACAUAAAGUAUAUUCCCACAGAAGAUGUUUCAGAUCUACCAAUGGAAGAACAAUUGAGGAGAUUGCAAGAAGAAAGAACAUGUAAAGUGUGUAUGGACAGAGAAGUGUCCGUAGUGUUUAUUCCUUGUGGUCAUCUAGUAGUAUGUAAAGAAUGUGCUCCGUCUCUAAGAAAAUGUCCUAUUUGUAGAGGUACAAUCAAGGGUACAGUUCGUACAUAUCUUUCAUGAAGAAGAUCCAAAACUUUGUCUAAACUUUUGGAAUUAAUGAACUGAAAUGGAUUAUAAUUUUAACUUUUAUACUGAUUUGGUUUCUUUUAAAACUUAUAUUUAUUUACAACUCAGAAAAAUAUAUUUUGUAUAAAUAUUAUAUAAAUAAAUUUAUAUAAAUAUUAAUAUAUAAAUAUGUAUCUAAAACAUAUGGAUAUGUUUUAGAUACCAAGAGAGUAAUAGGCUUUUGUUCUUGUGAACAAAAAAUAGAGCUAGCACUACAAACACAAUACUGAAUCAGAAUGUCAGCAUUACUGAAAUUGUAAGUGAAGUAAAUUCAAGAUUUUUGAGUUAACCUUACAGAAUUGUAAACAUUUUGGAGUUGUAUUAAGAGCCAGGAACACAGAUUCUCUGUCUUUCAAUCAUUGUCCUGUACAUAGGUCUCAAUAUUUGUUGAAUUAACUUUUCAGGGACAUGAUGACUAAGGCUGUUUUUUGUAAAGAAUUCUGUGAGGAGCAAUUUAAUAAAGUAAAAAAAAAAUUA